AUAUACAUUGCCCCUACCCAAAACCAACAAAGACCACAAUCGAAUCCUGGUCUUGAAAUUGAAAGAUGCAGAUCCAUCUGAGUUGGACGCCUAUGCUUGUUGUGCUUUAUUAAUGAAUAUGGCAGAUAUGAGGAUGUUGGAAGAUUUUUGUGAUGGACAUCUCAUAAUAGUUGACAUGGAAUUCUGCAGGAUGGGGCAUUUAGCUAAAUUGACUCCGAAGUUGAUCAGAGACAUAUAUAAUAUUUUAGGGAAAGCAUUCACAACGAGAGUGGUAGCAAUACACCUCAUCAAUGCACCAUUGUUCUUGGAUCAGGCAAUAUUUCUGAUAAAAUCUCUUAUCAAACCAAAGGUAGCCAAUAGGAUAUUCGUUCAUAAAGACAUGAAGUCAGUUGUUGAAUCGAUAGACAAAAAUAUACUGCCGAAAGACUAUGGAGGUUAUGAAGAUUCGUUAGAAGAAUUGGAAGCUAAAUAUCUCAAAAAGAUGGAGGAUCGCAAAGAUUUUUUCGACCAGCGGGAGAACUGGGUAGUAAUGGAGGACUUGCGACCAUCAAAAGUUUCAAAUGACGAAUUUCUAGGAUAUUAUGGAAAUUUCAAAAAAUUGGAUGUUGACUGAUAAAUCCUAAAACAUCUUCAAAAAGUAGAUUGGUGGACUGUAAUUCAUGUAUAUUUUCUAUUUACCUCAUUUGCAUUUACUUCUAUAUACUGUUAUACAUAAUCGUUUAAAUUUAUGAAUUGUAUAGUUUCAGCUCACAUGCCAAUUUUAAAGCACAAGGUGUGUCUUUAAUGAUAUAAUCAGUUUCAAGUGGUGAUUAUUUGUAAUAUUUCAUGAAUAAAAACUUGUG